AUGGGCACCGUGCACCCCCCCCCGCGCCAAGCGCACCUCGCGCAGCUCCGCCUGCACCUGCGCACGUCCUCCCCCCCGCUCUUCCUCUCGGGCGCGUCGAGCACGGGCAAGUAUGCGACGCUGCUCGCGGCGCUGCCAACCGCGUCCUUCCUGUGCGCCGACUGCGUGCAGUCGCACUCGGACCGCCUGCUCUUCGGCGCCCUGACGCAGUCCACGCCGUGCGACUUGCCGGACUUCCUCGCCCGCCUCAACGCCGCCUCGACCAGCGUCCUGGUCCUGCGCCGCGCGGAGCGCCUCACCACGCUCGCCUUCUCGCCGCACGUUGCCGCCGUGCUGCUCGCGCUGCCCGCGCUCGCGGCCCGCCCCGACCUCCACAUCGUCUUCCUGUCGCGUGCGCCCUGGCCCGUCUUCCGCCGCGCCCUGCCGCCCGCAGAUGCCGCCGCGUGCGCCCGCCCGCUGGCCCUGUUCUUCGCCCCGUACGGCCUCGCCGAGGUCGUCGACGCUAUCGUCGCCGCCCCGCCGCCGACUGAUCGCGCCCUGCACCGCGGCUUCGUCGCCACCGUUGUCGAUGCGCUCUACCCGUCUACAAACGACCUGCCAGAGCUCGCCGCCGUCUGCGCCGCCCUCUUCCCGAAGUAUGUCGCCGCGUGGCACGCCGCGUCGACCCGCGCCCGCGCCCCAGCAGAGGCCUUCAAUGCCGUUAACCCGCUGCUGGCCGCCGCACUACGGGACUUGUACAGGGAGAGCCAUGGCGUGUCCAGGGAGACCGUGCUGGAGAGAGGGAAGAGGCGCAGAGAGAUGGAGGGGGGGGAGCAGAGGAAGGCGACGUACGGGCUCAGUCGUGCUAGUGUCACCAUGGUCGUCGCGGCCUACCUCGCGGCGUGCAACCCGCCGGCGACCGACGUGCGCUACUUUACGGCGGAGCGCACGCGGAGGGCGCGCAAGGGGAGGGGGGGUGCCUCUGUCGCGAAGAGGCGCCGCAGGGGCGGGAGGGCAUUUCCACUUGAGCGUUUGCUCGCCAUAUAUGAGGCCAUCCGGGACGUGGAUGAGCUGCUCGAGGCGGGCGACAAGGGCACCGCGGGGAACGUGUCGGCAGCGGUGUCGACCGCGACGCUCGUGCAGGUGAACACCCUGGUCAAGCUGCACUACCUCUCGAGAGAGGGUAGCGGCGAUCCGAUAAGUGAGCCGCGCUUCCGCUGCAACGUCGCGCAUGCGCAGGCGCUCGACUUUUCCCGUCUCGUCGGCAUCGAGCUCGAUCAAUUCGUGCACCAUGACGGCACAGCGGCGUAA